UUUCAAUGACCGAUGGGUAUGCAUGGUACGAUCCUCGAAGCAGUGACGGAACCUAAACCUGAACAAGUCAGAGGAAGUACGCCAUGCUGCCCUAGCUUCCCGAUGCGAUGAGCAACGCUGAAGAGACCUCAGGUCCCAGAGCACUUGCCAGUCUCAGGGGCCAUGCGGUGAGCAUGGCGAGGACGAAAAAACAGGGGGAGGAUGACGAGAACAUCUUUCGCGUUUUCCAAAGCACGAUGCUUCGCAGAGCGCGGCUUGGGCGUGCUGGCGAGGGACGUCCCCUCGGGAGGGCGCUCUACGCCACUUCUGUCUCCUCGCCCGCGGUUCUCGUCAUCGCGCCCAUUGGCGGGCGCAAGCCCGUGCUUGCGCCACACAAGGAGGACAUGGGCAAGGAAAUGAGACACAACCCUCAGUGACGAUAUCCAGGCCUGGUCUUCCUUGUGGUACGGUCCGCGAGGAGGAAGAGCAAGCGGAGGGAAAAGAGGACAAGCAUGAUGAUAGCCAUGGGGGGAGUAAUUCUGUCUGUGAGACGUCCCGAGGCUUAAGAAGCCGAGCGUCCCGAAAAGAGCGGGCCCUGCCAUCUGUAUGCUGCAACGGAUGCGCCACGAUGGAUUAUGCAUCCAGACCUGCACUCUUGAUGCUGCAGUGGGCGCCGAAUCCCGCAUCCUGGAUGCCUAGAACAAGACGAGGCGGCACAAACAUAAUCGUUCGGAGAUCCGAGCGGAUUCCUGUGCUCGACGGUGGACCACCCUG